UUUCGGCUAAUUUCGUGGUUACUUCUAAUUGGGUAAGACACAAAAAACGAAAAGGUAUGCCACAAAUUUAAAAGUAUUUGUGUUGCCCAGUGUUGAGUGUCAGUCCCAGUGUGCCAGUGUCAGUGUCAGUUUGAGUGUUCAGUCUCAAUCAAGUGUUCAGGACAAUAUCAACUAACAAAGCAGUUGGAAAACAAUGUUGAUGAUGCGUGAGAAGUGCCUCGCUGUAGAGGUAUUCACUUGGACGUUAAUUGUUUUGCUAGCAGUUGAGGCGGCUAGAGGAUCAUCAACCCCACCACCGACCGCUCCAUCAACCACACUAACCCCGCAACAGGAAAGAACAGGAAGACAAUGGAAUUUGAAUUUGGCAGAAGCAGACUACAUCGCUAUAGCAACCUUUCAUAAAAUUGCUGAACAAGAUAUGUGGAAAAAUCUACUUGAACAAACGAUGCCUUCAUCCCUGGUUGGCGAAGUUAUAGAAAAUUUCAAGACAAAAUAUGAUUUCACUGGAAAUGGUAAAUACUCUAUUAAAUUUAUCUAUUCAUGUCAAUAUCAUGGAUUUGAAUGUCUACUAUUAUUUUAUAGUGAGGUUCACUUUGAACCUGUCUAGAAUUGCUUAUACUGUAUGGGCUACUGUAAUCGACAUUAUUUCUUGAAGAAAUUUAUUGGAGCUUCAAAA